GGAUGGAAGAGCCCAGCUGACACAACCAAGACGAGUCUCAGUGUCUAAGGAAGCUUGGGGUUCAGCUCCUUUUACUUCAGGCGAACCUGUACUCAGUUAAUGCAAUUUUGAAGCAUGCCCUGAAUAGAUUGUCAUUAUCAAGUCAAACUAAAAACGGUGAAAGGUUGCGACUAUUACCAAAUAGAUUAGAGCUGAGGCAAAUGGUUUCAGGAUAUGUGCUUUGUGCUAACAGCUUUCUGGAGACAUCCUGAUUAUGGCUAUCGGGUCUAGAAGAAAAAUCUGAAGACAUGAGAACUACACGUGAGGAAUAUGUCAUUUAGCACUUUCACUUUUUGAUCUCCACAGAAGACAAUGAGAAGUCACACCAUAACCAUGACGACAACUUCAGUCAGCAGCUGGCCUUACUCCUCCCACAGAAUGCGCUUUAUAACCAGUCAUAGCGACCAACCGCCACAAAACUUCUCAGGAACACCAAAUGUUACUACCUGUCCCAUGGAUGAAAAAUUGCUAUCUACUGUGUUAACAACAUCUUACUCUGUUAUUUUCAUUGUGGGACUGGUUGGGAACAUAAUCGCCCUCUAUGUAUUUCUGGGUAUUCACCGCAAAAGAAAUUCCAUUCAAAUUUAUCUACUUAAUGUAGCCAUUGCAGACCUCCUACUCAUCUUCUGCCUCCCUUUCCGAAUAAUGUAUCACAUUAACCAAAACAAGUGGACACUAGGUGUGAUUCUGUGCAAGGUUGUGGGAACACUAUUUUAUAUGAACAUGUACAUUAGCAUUAUUUUGCUUGGAUUCAUCAGUUUGGAUCGCUAUAUAAAAAUCAAUCGGUCUAUACAGCAACGGAAGGCAGUAACAACCAAACAAAGUAUUUAUGUCUGCUGUAUAGUAUGGAUGCUUGCUCUUGGUGGAUUCCUAACUAUGAUUAUUUUAACACUUAAGAAAGGGGGGCAUAAUUCCACAAUGUGUUUCCAUUAUAGAGAUAAGCAUAAUGCAAAAGGAGAAGCCAUUUUUAACUUCUUUCUUGUGGUAAUGUUCUGGCUAAUUUUUUUACUAAUAAUCCUUUCAUAUAUUAAGAUUGGGAAGAAUCUAUUGAGGAUUUCUAAAAGGAGGUCAAAAUUUCCUAAUUCUGGUAAAUAUGCCACUACAGCCCGGAACUCCUUUAUUGUACUUAUCAUUUUUACUAUAUGUUUUGUUCCCUAUCAUGCCUUUCGAUUCAUCUACAUUUCUUCACAGCUAAAUGUAUCGUCUUGCUACUGGAAAGAAAUUGUUCACAAAACCAAUGAGAUCAUGCUGGUUCUCUCAUCUUUCAAUAGUUGCUUAGAUCCAGUCAUGUAUUUCCUGAUGUCCAGUAACAUUCGCAAAAUAAUGUGCCAACUUCUUUUUAGACGAUUUCAAGGUGAACCAAGUAGGAGUGAAAGCACUUCAGAAUUUAAACCAGGAUACUCCCUGCAUGAUACAUCUGUGGCAGCGAAAAUACAGUCUAGUUGUAAAAGUACUUAAGGUAAACAUACUAAAAUGAAUUAUAUAAUACAGCCUCUUAAUUCUUUGAAGAACUAAAAAAAUUAGGAAACAAAGUUCUAGCAUUUACAAAAGUCAGAUCUCAAAGCUCUGCUUGUAACUGUGAUAUUUCAUUUGCUUAACUGUAAACCAUUUCAAGGUACUAUCUUUUAAAUCUCUACGUAAAAUCUUUUCAAAAUACAUUUUUAAGCUAAUACUCUUAACAUAGAUUAUGAAGUUAGGUGAAAUUUAUGACUUUAACAGCAAAAUAAUUAAAGUGCCAUCAUUUCUCAUGUCACUAAAGUAGUUAUUAAAAUCAAGCACUUGAUACUAAUUUAAAGUGUGUUUAAAAGUAAAUGAUUUGGGAACCGACAAUGUAUCAGAAAAUAUAUGUUCAUUUAUCAUUUUAAAAUCUUGUAUAAUUUGCCACUGUGUUCAUUUAUGCCUAAAUCUCUAUAAUAGAUGCGAAGAUAAUUAAUAAAAUCCUAAUUAAAAAAUGAGA